AACUCUCUCUUCUUUAGGCAGCCUUUCGUCAAGUGUGAAGUGUAAUAAUGGCUUUAUCAUCUUCUUCUUCCAGAGUUUCUCAAAAAUAUCAUAUUUUUCUGAGUUUUAGAGGUGAGGAUACACGUGACAACUUUACAAGCCAUCUCUAUGCAGCUCUGUGUUCAAAGAAAAUCAACACUUUCAUUGAUGAUGAGCUUCAUAGAGGAGAUGAAAUUUCAGAAGCACUUUUGAAUACGAUCGAAGAAUCAAUGAUCGCAGUUAUUGUCUUCUCAAAAGGUUAUGCCACGUCUAGAUGGUGCCUUGAAGAACUUGCAAAGAUCAUUGAAUGCAAGAAAGCGAGAGAUCUGAUGGUAGUGCCAGUUUUCUAUCACGUGAAUCCAUCAGAUGUAAGGAAUCAAACUGGAACGAUUAGAGAAGCAUUUGUGAACCAUGAAGAAAACCAGAGCUCAGAGAAGGUGAUGAGAUGGCGGAAUGCUUUGAAAGAAGCAGCUAAUCUAUCCGGAUUUGAUUCAAGUAACAUUAGGCGUGAAGCUGUGUUAAUAGGGGAAAUUGUCAAAAAAAUAUUGGAAGAACUGAAUAAAAUGUCCCCGAGUGAAAACAAGGACCUCGUUGGGAUAAAAUCAAAAAUAGAGAAACUUGAAUUGCUAUUACGUCUUGAGUUAAAAGAUGUUUGCAGGAGUGUUGGGAUUUGGGGAAUGGGUGGUAUAGGCAAGACAACUCUUGCUCAUGCAUUAUUCACCAAAAUUUCAAGUCAAUUUGAGAGUGUUCACUUUCAAAAUAUCAGGGAAAAUUUGGAAAAAUUUGGAUUAAUUCAUUUGGGUCAAGAACUUCUCUCUGCAAUAUUAGAAGAUCGAUGGGCUGUUUUAGAGUCCACCUUCACCAAAAGCAGGUUUCACAAUAAGAAAGUUCUCAUUGUUUUUGAUGAUGUGACAUGUUCACAGCAAAUAGAAAAGUUAAUUGGAGAUCUUGAAUGUUUGGGUCCUGGAAGUCGAGUCAUUAUUACAGGAAGAGAUAAACAAGUGCUUAAAACUUGUGGAGUAAGUCAUGGUAACAUAUAUAAAGUUAAGGGAUUACCAUCUAAUGAAUCUCUUAAACAUUUUAGUCGUCAUGCAUUUAAACUAGAUCAUCCCCCUACAGAUUACAUGAAGCUAUCAAUAAGGGUAAUAAAAUUUGCUCAAGGUGUUCCAUUAGCUCUUGAAGUUUUGGGUUCUUCAUUAUUUGAGAAGAAAAAAUUAGAAUGGAAAAGUGCAUUGGUUAACCUAGAAAAAAAUCCAAAUCCAAAUCCAAAGAUCCAAGAUGUACUGAAACUAAGUUAUAAUGGACUUGAUGAUCAAGAGAAAGAUAUAUUUCUAGAUAUAGCAUGCUUUCUUAUUGGAUUUGAUAGAAAUACUGCAAUGGAAAUCCUUGAUGGUUAUUAUUUUGAUUCCAAAAUGGGAGUACGGAAUCUCAUUGACAAGUCUCUUAUAACUGUAGAUUAUGUCAACAUUAUAAAAAUGCAUGAUUUGUUACAAAAAAUGGGAGAGAAAAUUGUCAAGCAAGAAUCUAAAGAUCCAAGUAAACGCAGCAGAUUAUGGCGUCAUGAUGAUAUCUAUGAUGUGUUAAGAAGAAACACGGGAAGUGAAGCAAUUGAAUGCAUCUCCUUAGAUAUUUCUAAAAUAAAAGAGAUAAACUUGAAGUGCAAUGCUUUCAUGAAGAUGCAAAACCUCAGGUUCUUGGACUUUUAUUGCCCGGACAAGGAAGGGCGACGUGGUUUUUUUGGCAAUUGCUAUGGACAGUGGCGUUUUCCUUGCGCGUGUUGCUUAAUGGAUGAACAGACUUGUGAAUAUUGCUCAGAGAAUGUGAAUAAGGUGCAUGCUUUGGAGGGCCUAGAAUUCAGUCCAUGUAACAUAAGGUUCUUUCGCUGGUUUGGAUAUCCUUUGGAUUCAUUGCCAUCAAAUUUUGUGUUUGAAAAUCUUUUUGCACUUAUCAUUCCUUGUAGCAAUAUUAAACAACUCUGGAAUGGUCUCCAGCAUUUAGAAAAGUUGAAGCAUAUCAACCUCAUCAACUCCAAGCACCUAAUUAGAAUUCCAGAUCUCUCAUUAGCCCCAAAUCUUGAGAUUUUGAUUCUACAAGGUUGUACAAGUUUGAUUGAGAUUCAUUCAUCAAUUCAAUAUCUAAAUAAGCUGGUUAUCUUGGAUCUUGAAGGUUGCAAAAACCUUAACAGUCUUCCCGCCGACAUUCAAUCAAAAGUUCUCAUUCUCUCUGGUUGCUCAAAGCUCAAGAAGGCUCCAAAGGUCUCAUGUAGCAUGAAGCAAGUAUGUUUUGAUGGAACAUCUAUAACAGAGUUGACCUUGAUUGAAUAUCCAUCAAAACUAAGAGGGUUGGAUCUUGAAGACUAUUCAAGGCUUAAAAGUCUCAAGGUGGGUUUAGGGCCUUUUUUAUCAUAUUUGUCGCUAUAUGAGUUAAAUUUAUCUAAUUGUCAAAUCAUGGGGUUACUCGACAUUCUUGGUAAGUUUUACUCUCUACGAAAGUUAAAUCUAAGCAGAAACAAUUUUGAAUGGAUACCAUCAAGCUUCAAACAACUUAAAUUGGAGGAUCUAGACAUAAGCUAUUGUGAGAGGCUUAAAUGCUUACCAUUAGGCGCUACAACUGUUAAAGCAUACAAUUGUAUAUCAUUGGAGUUAUGUGAUUUUGAUUUAUCCUCGUCGGUGGAGUAUGCUGACUUUGGUAACUGUUUAAAACUGGAUCAGAAUAUGCUAAAAGCCAAUUUGGGACAGAAACAAUGUGGGAUGUUCCAUAGCAGAUCGCACGGUCGUUGUCUCUUUCCUGGAAAUGAAAUUCCAGAGUGGUUCAGCUUCCAAAAUGUGGGAUCUUCUAUAACUCUCGAGGUGGCACCACUACCUCCUCCGAAACUCUUCCUUAGUUUGAAAGUGUGCCUUGUUGUAACAUCUCAAGACCAUAACAAAGCUCCCAAAUGUUUCUAUUUUCGUUAUAAGGUGAUUGGCAUGGAUGAAAAUGGUAAGACACUCGAUGGAAAAGAAAAUGAUGGGUGGUGGGACAUGAUAAGAUUUGAAAACAUGUUUCUUAUGUCAGAUCAUGUAAUGGUGUGGAAUAUUCUGCCACGUUCCCUGGGUGAAAAAACCCGUUAUCUUACUUUUGAUUUCAGAGGAAACUAUUACAAUGUGGUGAAGUGUGGGCUUUAUAUAGAUGAAGAGGAUCACCCCCGCUGUUCUGAAGAACAAGUGGAACAACAUAAAGGAGAUUUCAGCUCAAACAUGGAAGAGGAACCACAACCCAAAAGACUGAAAUUUUAAUUACUUUUCAUUCAGGUGUUACUUUUCAUUCCCAACAUUACCCAGAAGAAUACUAAACCCUGUUUGGUCUAGCCAAGCCCACGUCCCCGUAAUUCCUUUUCCCUAAAAUUAUGCAUUAUUUGCUCUCAUUACUUCGUAAAUUUGAUGGGUUCUUCUUGUUUUAUAAGAUAAUAAGGUGGAGCUCACAGAAAAAGUGAGUGGCAUUGAUAGUAAUUUGAAACUUGAGAAAGUAAAUCAGAAAUUGGAGCUUGUUGGGAUAAUUUGCAACGAUUCUUGUAUUGCUGGACAGUAUAAUUGCUUGUUUUGUCCACAGUGUAAAGGAGGUCAGUCAAUGGAGAGAAGUUUGUCUCUUCAUAUAAUCCAAGAUGGGGAUUUGCAAUGUGGAGGUGUUUUCGAGCUAAUUGUGGAUGGGCAGGCCAGGCCUUUGCAGUCAGCAACAACAAUGCAAAAGUUUUUUCAUCGAAACAAAUGACAGAGAAGAGCUUAGGAUUAGAACCACUGGGUGACAAGGCAUCUAAUUGCAUGUUUUGCUGAGUGGAUGAUAUCUAAGGGAACUCUCCAGAGAAAUUCUGUUAUGCAGUUAUCUGGUGAUCAGGUUCCUUUGCAACUGCAGCAACUUAGUUCUGAUCAUUAAUCUUUUGAUAUAAUUCUUAUCAUUUAUAUUAUUAAAAGUGAUUUUGAGGUUGAACAAUUUUUGGAAUGAUACCAUGGAUGACUGAAAAUAGAUUACAGUCAGGGAAAAGUUUAUUGGAAUUCUUGUUGAAGUAAAAUGCAUUGAAACAACCCUAAUCUAAUGUCAGGUAUUAUGAAUCCCUUUCGCAAGAUUGGUUCUUAGUAUAAUUAGUUCAGCCAUAAAAUUUGACAAGCACAAGAUAAUGUAUCUUGCUAUCAUUUAUUUGAUUGAGUAACCUUGUGCCCUGUUAAAAGGGUUAAUUCUCAUUUAUAGCUAGUUGGCCAUGUGAUUGUGGCAGAAGCCAAGGUGUAGGAAAUGAUUGCAACUAGUGGGCAAGAUAGAUUCUUGUUGAAGUAGCUUUUUGAAUUCCUUUGAAAGUAUCAUUCGGAAAUGAAAAUGGAUUCACAUUUGGGAUCAAUUGUUCCAAUCUAGAAUUGUUAGGGUAUGUCACGAUAUGAUUUACUAUGGAUUUGAUCAACUAAGUUUGUAAGAGUUAUUUUACCUUACUCCUGACUGCAUUCAGUCUCCUUUCUAUUCCCAUUUGCAUGUGGAUGUUAGCAGUUGUUGACGUAUUGCACUAUUUUUUCUUUGUCCCCUGGUUUUGAUUAAUCUGUUGAGUUUUUGGCUAUAUUUACUUAUCAGUGUAAUAUAGUACAUCUAGCAAUUCAUAUUUAUAGAUGCAAGUCUUGUUAGCUUAUUUGACUUGUUGAUUGUGGAUUAUCUUAACAUUUUUAUUCUCAACAUUUAUGAUGGUUCUUUCACUCAUCUACAUUUAUGAUUGUUCUUUCACUCAUCUUGAAGUUUGCUUUCCAACCGGGAGAAAAAAAAUUUUCAGGUAUUUGUGCUAAUCCUGUCCUUGGAUUGUUGAAUGGGUAAAUAUAGUUUGAUAUACCAAUGGAAUGGCAGAGAUACAAGUGGGAAAUAUUUGAUAUAGCACAGCCACAUAAAAUGCUAUAAUUAAUUAGUUUUGGCUUUUAGAAAAGCAAUUCCAGAGAGGUAAUUAAGAUCACAUGGUAACUGACUCCCAAGUCCUAGAUUGAUGGAUUCUCUCACUGCACUCUGAAUUAUCCACAAACAAUAUCCUAAGAUCACUCCUAGUUCCAGUAAGAAUAGUAAUAUGGAAAAAAUGGGUCGGCACAGCCCAUUUUACAUGUCCAGUUCUUGCCCAUGGUUUCAGUUUAAGUUCUUUAUUCCUAUGCUUAAGGAGACAAUUUCUUUCAUUUCUUGUGUGGGGAUAGUGAAUUUUUUCAUGGUACAUAAAAGUGCAGUUUCAGUACCUGUCAUUCCUGUUUUGUCAAUCUAUAAUCAAAGUGUAGCUGCAUUGCUGAUUUUCUUGUUGGAUUGUUGCUUUCAUUUCAGGAGAGGAUCACAGAGAAAUGGUUAUUUGGACUUGAUGAUAUAAAGGAAGCUGCUGAAAUCAUCAUUGUUGAAAGUGAAAUUGAUAAGCUUGCAAUGGAGGAAGCUGGCUUCCUAAAUUGUUAAGUGUUCCUUGUGGAGCACCACAAAAGGCUUCUGCCUGAGAAUUACCACCACAGGAAAAGGUUUGGUUCGAGACUUGGAAAUUUUUGAGCCUGUGAUGAUGAUUUAUACAAAUGCAUUAAUUUCCCAAGUUUUUGGGUCGAGAUGCUCUAAAGGAAGUAAUUGAAAAUGCGGAGUUGUAUCAGCUACAAGUUCUAGACUGAGAAAUGCAGUGUACGUACAGCUCAUAUGAAACACAUUAAUUACAGGGUUUCUUUUCUUUCA